CGCAGCCUGAGGGGCUGAAAGCAGAGCGAAGAGCCCGAGCCGACCCAAAAGCACGCGACUCCCGUCUCCAGGUGGGACCGAGCGCCGGCCCGUCGCCAGCCCCAUGCUGCAGGAAGCACCGAGCCCGCUGGGAGCUGUAGUUUGAGUGGACGCCGAGCGAGCGACCCAAAAUGUGAGCUCGGCGCAGCUGCCGCUCCUCCUGGCAGGCGCAGCGGUGCCGGCGGUUCUGUGCAGAGAACAUCUAGCAUGCUCCUCCGGCCGGGCCGCUCAGCUGGCGCCAGCAGCAGCCGUUCGAUCCCAGGGACGCCGGGCUGACCUCGCACCAACCGGGCAUCGCAUCUGCAGAGCAGAAGCCGGGGCUGGCUUUGGACACCUCUUCCUCUGCCUGCAUACUUAAGAAGAGUCAGUGCUGGGCCCUAAGUGCAGCUCAGCCCAACUCAGCUGAUGUGUAUGAAUUUCUGCUGUGUUAAAGCUGGGCCAGAACCAGUUUCAAGGCAGCUGAACGAAGAACCGACCUUCCUUUCUCCAGUGUGUCGGGAUCUUUGCAGCAGCCCAUGCCGCAGCGCCUCGCCCGUUCCACCCGAGCUGCCCGCGCCGCUGGCUUGGACCUAACCUAGGCUAAACCUCCGCGUGGCCUGGGUAGGGGGCAGCCAUGGGGAGCUCUGCCUCAUCGCUGGCCGCAGAGACCGAGUCGGACCAUGGCUUCACUAGCCCACCCUACCCGGGGCACCCAGCCGUGGGCUGGUAUAGGAGUAGUCACAGUGGUCCUGUUUGGGAAAGCGCCCUUAUAACGCGGCAGCAUCAGCACUUACACCACCGGGUGCGAAGCAACUCCCACUCUCCCGGCUCCAUGGCUGCUGUGCGCGAGUGGUCCUGCACCCGCUGCACCUUCCUGAACCCCGUCGGCCAGCGGCAGUGUUCCAUAUGCGAAGCCCCUCGUCAGAAGCCGGACCUCAACCACAUCCUGCGGCUGAGCGUGGAGGAGCAGAAAUGGGCCUGUGCCCGCUGCACCUUCAGGAACUUUCUGGGCAAAGAAACCUGCGAGGUAUGCGGCUUCACGCCGGAGCCGGGGCCCAGCGGCUCCCCCUUGCCUGUCAUCAAUGGCAUCUUGCCCAAGCCCACCGUGCUUGCGGAGCCCAAGGGCACGUCCCGGGAGGAGGCCGCCAAGGUGGAAAGCAGCAGCGAGGAUUCGGAGGGGAAGAGCCCUGAUGAAGCCGAGCUGGAGAGCGGUUGGGCUUGCCAGCGCUGCACGCUGCACAACACGCCGGUGGCCAACUCCUGCUCGGCCUGUGGUGGGCCACGCAAGCUCUCCCUGCCCAAGAUCCCACCAGAGGCGCUGGUCGUCCCUGAAGUCAUCACCCCUGCGGGCUUUCACAUGGCCCCCUCCACCCCGCAGCCUUUGGUCCCUGCAGAGGUCUCUGAUGGUGACGCCGUGGCCGCCCAGGGCCCCGUGGCUAUGGAACAAGAGGCCCAGAAGAUGCCAGCCUUCAGUCCCUUCUCCCCGGGGCUCCAGAACAACCCCGUGCCCCGAAGCCGCCGCGAGGUGCCCCCGCAGCUGCAGAUGCCGGGGCCCGAAGCGCCGCAGCCCGGGGCUCAGAGCGCGGCGGGGCAGAAGGGCUCCCCGCAGGGUCAGGCCCGGGCCGCCCCGGCUGCCCGCUUCCAGGAGCUGCUGUCCAACAAGCGGCUGAGCGUGCUGGAGGAGGAGAUGGAGGUCAGCCCGUCCCACUGGAAGUGCAGCACCUGCUCCCUGCUCAACUCCUCCGGCGCCAGCAAAUGCGAGGCCUGCAGCACGCAGAAAGGCAGCGACACCAUCAAUGUGGUGGGCGACUUGGUGAGGUUCACCCCCUGCAGCCCCUCCAGCCCCGACUUCACCACCUGGUCCUGUUCCAAGUGCACCCUCAAGAACCCCACCGUGGCCCAGAAGUGCAAAGCCUGCGGCUCCUCCAAGCUGCACGGCUUCCAGGAGCACGGCACGCAGGGCGAGCCGUCCCCCCGCUGCCCCGACUGCGGGGCGUGCGACAAGGCCGGCUGCUCCUCCUGCGGCACCAAGGCCCCCUCCGCCCGCAAGGUCGCCCGCCUCUUCCCGUCCCCGCUGCCCGGAGGAGCCCAGGACAGGCCGGGCCAGUGGGCUUGUCCCGCCUGCACCCUGCUCAACGAGCUGAAGGCCAAGCACUGCGCCGCCUGCCACACCCCGCAGCAGUACGUGGCCCAGCGCAAGGGCCUCAAGGCCCUCAAGCGGAGGGAGAGCAUGCACGUGGAGAAGAGGAGGCAGACGGACGAAGGAGAGGCCAAGGCCCUGUGGGAAAACAUCGUCACCUUCUGCAGGGAGAACAAAGUCAAUUUUGUAGAUGACAGUUUCCACCCUGGGCCCAAGUCUGUGGGAUUCCCGGAAGGUGACAGCGUGCAGCAGCGGGUGAAGCAGUGGCUGCGACCCCACGAAAUCAACUGCAGCAUCUUCAAAGACCGAUUGUUGAAGUGGUCGGUGUUCCGGACGCCCAGGUCCUCAGAUAUCCUCCAGGGACUGCUGGGAAACUGCUGGUUCCUGAGCGCCCUGGCCGUGCUGGCCGAGCGGCCGGAGCUGGUGGAGAGGGUGAUGAUCACGCGGACGCUGUGCCCCGAGGGCGCCUACCAGGUGCGGCUGUGCAAGGACGGCACGUGGACCACGGUGCUGGUGGACGACAUGCUGCCCUGCGACGAGUGCGGCUACCUCCUCUUCUCACAGGCCCAGAGGAAGCAGCUGUGGGUCGCCCUCAUUGAGAAGGCUCUGGCCAAGCUUCAUGGUUCGUACUUUGCCCUCCAGGCGGGGCGUGCUAUCGAAGGCCUGGCUACACUAACGGGUGCCCCCUGCGAGAGCCUGAUGCUGCAGGUCAGCUCCACUAACCCCCGCGAGGAGCCCAUUGACACUGACCUCAUCUGGGCCAAAAUGCUGAGUUCUAAGGAGGCUGGGUUCCUCAUGGGCGCGUCCUGCGGCGGGGGCAACAUGAAAGUGGACGACGUGGCCUAUGAGAGCAUGGGUCUCCGGCCGCGGCAUGCCUACUCCAUCCUGGACCUGCGGGAUGUCCAAGGCUUCAGACUACUGCGGCUCCGAAACCCCUGGGGCCGCUUCUCCUGGAACGGCAGCUGGUCCGACGAGUGGCCCCACUGGCCUGCUCCCCUCCGACAUGACCUGAUGCCCCACGACAACAGCGAGGGGGUCUUCUGGAUGGAGUACAGCGAUUUCAUUAAGUAUUUUGACUCCGUGGAUAUCUGCAAGCUCCAUUCAGACUGGCACGAGGUGCGUGUGCAGGGCAUGUUCCCCAACAAGGCCAACGGGCCAGUGACGGUGACAUCGCUGACGGUGUUGGAGCGUGCCACCCUGGAGUUUGCCCUCUUCCAGGAGGGCAGCAGGCGGUCGGACACGGUGGACAGCCACUUGCUGGAUCUGUGCAUCAUGGUUUUCCGGGCCACCUUCACCAGUGGCAACAAGCUGAGCCUGGGCCGGCUGAUGGCUCACAGCAAGCGGGCCGUCAAGAAGUUCGUCAACUGCGACGUCAUGCUGGAGCCGGGCGAGUACGCCGUCGUGUGCUGUGCCUUCAACCACUGGAGCACCAUGCUGGCCGGCCCCGCCGCCGCCCAGGCAUCCAGUCCCACCAGCAGCCGGCCGGCCACCGAUUACUCCAGCUAUAUCCUGGCCAUCUACAGCUCGCGCCAGGUGAUGGUGGAGCAGAUGGAGGCGCAGCCCACCACGCUGGCAGACGCCAUCAUCCUGCUGACCGAGAACAAGGGCGAGCGCCACGAGGGCCGCGAGGGGAUGACGUGCUACUACUUGACGCACGGCUGGGCAGGGCUCAUCGUGGUGGUGGAGAACCGGCACCCCAAAUCCUACCUGCACGUCCAGUGCGACUGCACCGACAGCUUCAACGUCGUCUCUACACGCGGCAGCCUCAAAACGCAGGACAGCGUCCCUCCCCUGCACAGGUCCGGGGCAGGUACUGGUGAUCCUCUCCCAGCUGGAGGGUAACGCCGGCUUCUCCAUCACCCACCGCCUGGCGCACCGCAAAGCCACCCAGGCCUUCCUCAACGACUGGAUGUCGACGAAAGGCACCCACAACCCGCUGCUCACACCCGAGGUCGCUGGGCUCCACGGGCCCCGGCCCCUAUGACGAAGCGCUGCCCCCUCCCUGCUCCUCUCCCCUGUGAUUUUCACCCAGCCUCUGGCCUGGGGCUGCCCCCGAGCUGUCGGCGCUGAGCCGCGGGGCAGAGCCUGAGCAUCACACCGAGCACUUUGCCCUGCGCCGCGGGGCUGGGGCGAGCUCUCAGGGCCAGGACCAGCUCUGCCGGCCGUCCCCACGGCACUUUACGAGGAGCAGCUGGGGGCACGGGGCCAUCUCAGGAUCCCACCUGCCCCACACCCCGCUGGGGCCGGUGCCCUCGGCCAGCCCUGGGCACGCAGCGUGGCGGUGGGGGGCUGCAGGAGAGGGGGGGGGCUGGAGGUUGCUGUCAUUGCCCUUCCCAGGCACCACGCUCAGGACUCUGCCCCCUCCUGCGGUGCCAGGGCCCUGGCGCUGCAAAAACAAACAAAAAGAAAAUAC